AUGGCUGUCUCUGAAUCAAAGUGGAUAAAUAGAAGAAAAAUACUGUGCUUGUUUUCCUCAUUUUUCUCUUGCACUCAAGAUGGAAAUAAGCUCAAACAUGAAUCUCAUGGGGUGGAAACAAAUCUUUGGAGAGACAAUAAGAUAUCCAGAGAUGAGAACAGGGAACUUAGAAAAGAAAACAAGUCCCUCCGGGGGGAGAAUAAAGCCCUUCAACGAGAAAACAAAGUCUUCCGAAUGGAUAACCAGUUAAUCAGGGAAGAGAACCAGUCUCUGAGACAGCAAAACCAGAUUCUCUGGAAGGUUAAAAGCAUGAUUUUAGAGAGCCAAAAAUCAUCUGGGGAAAAAGUCAAUGCCUUGAACACAGAAAGAAAGUCUUAUUGGCAACAGAAUCGAGCCCUGGAGGCCCAGAUCAACGCUCUCAAGGAACAGGAGAAAGCCUUCCAGAAUGAGGCAAAGGCUCUUCGGGAAGAAGUCAGGUCUCUCCAUAAAGAGAUCAUGGCCCUCCAACACCAGGAAAAAGCAUUCAAAAUGGAGGAACAGGCCCUGAUGAAGGAGGGAAUAGCCCUUAAGAUGGAAGAGCAGGCUCUGUGGAAGGAGGAGCAGGCUCUUCGUGAGGAAAACAAGGCUCUUAGAGAAGAAAACAGUGCCCUUCAAGAGGAGAAGGAUGCCCUUCUGGGGGAGGCUAAAGUCCUUGAGGAGUGGAAUAAGAUCCUUCAGGGAAAUAACAGCAAACACCAUAUGCUUGCUGGGAAAUGCACAAUAGUACAGUAG